AUGAUGUUCAAGUUAAUUUUUAGUGCAUUUAUGUUAUUCCAGUGGGAAUAUUGCUUUGGAGGAUUUAUUUCCACUCCGAAAACGCUUGAUUUGUCAAAUCGUGGAAUCACGAGAGAAGAUUUUUUCACCAAAAUACAGUUUUCUAAUGAUAUGAGAGAAGUAACAGAACUUAUUCUUCGAGGGAAUGAACUUGACCGUUUUAUUGAUUGCUCUACAUCACUCAAAAGUUUGGAAACGUUGGACCUAUCAUACAAUAAAUUGGAAACGUUUUUCUUUCUAUGUUCAGAGGAAGAGACAUUAUUGUCGCUAAACGUUAGUCAUAACAACAUUUAUUACAUCGAUGACAAAGCCUUGAGUUAUAAAAUUAUUCAAUUGAAGACUUUGGAUGUUUCCUUCAAUGAUAUCUACGUCGUGAACGAUACGAUGCUACAACAUAUGAAGAAUUUGGAAUUUCUUUCAUUGGCAAGCAAUCCCAUACAAGAAAUGGAUCAGUAUGUCUUUCAGAACUUGACGAAACUGACACAUCUGAAUCUUAGAAAUACAUCCUCUUUAUAUUUCUCGUCAUCAAUGUUUGAACCACUUAUUAAUCUUGAGUAUCUAGAUCUGUCUUGGAAUCCAAUAGAAGAGAUCCCAUAUUUACCGUUCAAUAUUCGAGUUCUAUACAUCUGCGGCACAAACAUCGCUCACCUUAGUAGUUUUGUAAUGCCAAAUUUGCGCGUUUUUUACGCAGAUCAUUCUCCAAAUCUGACCUCUGUACUACUCAAUGAUUUUGAAAAUCUAACAAGCUUAGAGCAUCUAUCGUUCCGGGACUCUGAGAGGCUUUCGCGAGUGUACCUCAGAUCCGAUCCUACAGGGAUGUUGAGUGCGAAGCUGCUACCUAAUUUGAAAACACUGUCCUUGCAGAACUGUGCGCUAGAAACACUGGAAGAGAAUCUACUGCCGAUAGUACAGAAAACUGCUGCCGUUGAUCUGCAAAAUAAUCCAUGGAGAUGUGAUUGCAAUAUGAAAUGGAUCAACACCUUCAAGUUGACCACUGAUCUAAUAAACAGUUUUAGAUGUACGUCACCACCGAACCAUUACAACCGAUUGCUCAACAAUAUUACAGAUGCCGAGCUUGUGUGCAAAGAUCCAUUCGAGAACAGUGCUAGUUACAUUUCUGGUAACACAGGUCGGAUCCUCUACUCAACCCUGUUAACUUGUCUCGCUCUGGUGGCUUUUGGUCUGUCAGCGGUCGCCAUUGUUUACUAUUCGCGUGGUUGCCUUGGCCAAUGGAUUUCGAAGAUGCGACAUCAGCGUACUGACACUGUCAGCUACUCCAAUUUUGUCGAGUCGCAUAACGAUAUGGUGCAGAUUCUACCUAAUGGCGACAAUCGCGAAGCUUACGAGGCUUGA